UGUAGAUUUAUACUAGCAGAGAUCUGUUUAUAAUGACGAGAUGAUCAUGUCUCCACCCUAACAAUGAGAGUCGUUGUCAAAAGCGGGAAGGCAGGCGACAAGGUCCAAAAUAAGCACAUAGAAACGCUAUGGGCUUCUAUUGAACAGAUUUAGGCGAUAGUGAACCGUCUCGCUUUGCUUCUUCCUCUCUGAUUUUUGCUGCCGCCACCCAAUGGCCGCCACCCAGAAUCAGAGAAGACAAAAAUGUCCAGCAUCACAUUUAGCUAUAUGAAUAGCAAAACUACAUAGAGCCUAAACUAUUUAGCGUUUUCUUAAUUCUAUGGAAACGUAUUUUGAGAACGGAAUUGGUACGGAAAUCAAAAUGCCUUGUCAAAAUCAGCAGCUGAACAACAAUGACAGACAAGAACACGCGGCAAUGAGCGGCACCAAGCAGGUUCGGUUUGCUAGCUGCGGAAACAGCGUCCUGCCAGAGUCGAAUAGAGAUGCAGAAGUCCCCGAAACUUGUGAAAAUGUGUUUAACAGUGAACUACAGAGGCAGAUCGGAUCGCAAUUAAAACUGCUUCCUUUGAAUGACCAAAUACGAGAAUUACAGACCAUCAUUAGAGACAAGUCUACUAGCAGGGGAGAUUUUGUAUUUUGUGCAGAUAGAUUGAUCAGACUAGUGGUUGAAGAGGGACUCAAUCAGCUGCCAUACAGCGAGUGUACGGUGACCACUCCUACAGGGCAUAAAUAUGAUGGCGUCAAGUUUGAAAAAGGCAACUGCGGUGUCAGUAUUAUGAGAAGUGGCGAGGCCAUGGAGCAGGGCCUCAGAGACUGCUGCCGGUCCAUCCGUAUCGGUAAGAUCCUAAUCCAGAGUGACGAGGACACCCAGAAGGCCAAAGUCUACUACGCCAAGUUCCCCCCAGACAUCAGCAGGAGGAAAGUCCUCCUCAUGUACCCCAUUCUCAGUACAGGUAAUACAGUGAUUGAGGCUGUGAGAGUUCUGACUGAACAUGGUCUCCAGCCCAAACAUAUCAUCCUCCUGAGUCUCUUCUCCACCCCUCACGGUGCCAAAUCCAUCAUUCAAGAAUUCCCAGAAAUCACCAUACUGACCACCGAGGUGCACCCUGUGGCUCCCACACACUUUGGCCAGAGGUACUUUGGGACAGACUAGUCAGCCCUCCAGGGCCAUUCAAUGGGACACCAUACUAUGAGAACCAACCAUUGAAUGGUCCCUCUCUCGGUUAAAUGCGGAAGACACAUUUCAGUUGAAUGCAUUCAGUUGUACAACUGACUAGGUAUCCCGCUUUCCAUUUUCCUCUCUGUCUGAUGUCAGUUUGUCCACUUAUUUCAAAAGGAGUUGUUACCCUGCUGAAGAAUGUUGCUUUGCUGUGUACGCCGCCUUAACCUGUACUCCUCAGUCUGACAAAAACAAUGCAAAUAUUUUCCUGGAAACAGAAAAAGCACAUUCCAUGCAGGUCUUUUAGGAACUAGUCUAGCGAGCUUGCAUGUACUGCUGCCAUUUUAUUUAUUCAGUUAUGGUAAUUCAUUAUAUGUUGUUUUUCCUCAUUUAGAAAGUCUAAAUAAUUCAAAUAAAUUUUUUCUAUGUAUUCUAUUCAGAGUAUGUGAGCGUAGUUGAGCGGUCGGAAAUCCUGCUCACCGCUCCGGCGCUCCACGGCCUUUCCAGCCGCUCCACUAAAAACCGCUCCGCGCUCACAAAAACAAAUAAAUGCCGCUCCAAAUUCGCUCCAUUCAUUAAAAUCACCAUUUAACCAACACCCAUCUAUUCUUUGGACUACCUGGACCUACC